UCCGUGCCGGGGAGCCAAAGUGUUGGUCAGUGAUGGAGUUGCUGCCAUGACAACCCCUGGAAGUCAAUGUGUGUGCGCUCUGGAGAGCGAGCGAGAGCUGGGAGUCGGAAGAAGAGGAGGACCGAAGGCGGAGAUGCUCCGCGCCAGGAGGGAGAGCGGAGCCGGGAUGCUGAAAGUAGGAGUCCCAGCAGCCGCCGGCUCGGGCGUGCCUCUCCUGCCCGCCCGCCUUUGCUGAGCUGAAAGGGAGACCGCGGAGCCCCGCUGCCUCAGUCCGGCUCUCCACAAGAGGCUCGUCAGCGACUCGCGACCACGCUUUGCCAGCUGGGACCGGACCUGCCUUCCUCGCGGGAAGUUGACGGCGGCGUCGCCGGCUCUUGGGGAGGCCUGCCCGCUCCCUCUCUUCCACCCCUGAAAUCACUUGGGGACGAGCCGCCCGCCCUUCUCGCCGAGCACUUCGGUUUCACUGCAGGCGUGGGGAGUUUAGGAACUCUGGCGGGGGGCUGCGGAGCGGCGGCGUCUUGCGCGGCUGCGGAGCGGCGGCGAGACCUAACCACGCCGGAGCGCUCCUCCUCUUCCUCCUCCUCCGGCAAAGAGUGCCAGUGCGCAGCGGAGAUGCCACCUUCCCCAAGGCGAUGGACAACGUGACUGUCAGGCAAGGGGAGAGCGCCACCCUCAGGUGCAUCGUGGAUAACCGAGUGACCCGGGUAGCCUGGCUCAACCGCAGCAGUAUUCUUUAUGCUGGCAAUGACAAGUGGUGUUUGGACCCCCGAGUGGAGCUUAUUGCCAACACUAAAACCCACUAUGCCAUCCGGAUAAAUGACGUGGAUGUGUACGACGAGGGGCCCUAUACAUGUUCCGUGCAGACAGACAAUCAUCCCAAAACAUCCCGGGUCCAUCUCAUUGUGCAAGUACCUCCCAAGAUUGUCGAGAUCUCUUCAGACAUCUCCAUCAAUGAAGGUGGCAAUGUCAGUCUCACCUGCAUAGCUAUGGGUAGGCCAGACCCCACAAUCACUUGGAGACACAUCUCACCCAAAGACUUUCUGAAGAAAUGCACAAAAACUCUGCAUGAAUCUGCCAUGGGAUUCCUGAGCGAAGAUGAGUACUUGGAGAUCACCGGCAUCACCCGGGAGCAGUCGGGGGAGUAUGAAUGCAGUGCCUCCAAUGAUGUUGCGACUCCUGUUGUGAGGAGAGUAAAAGUCACAGUGAACUACCCGCCGUACAUCUCAGAUACUAAGAACACUGGGGUGCCAGUAGGACAGAAGGGCAUCCUCCAAUGCGAAGCAUCUGCAGUUCCAUCAGCCGAGUUCCAGUGGUACAAGGAUGAUAAAAGGCUCAUCGAAGGACAGAAAGGGUUGAAAGUUGAAAACAAGGCCUUCUUUUCCCGCCUGACUUUCUUCAAUGUCUCUGAGCAGGACUAUGGAAACUAUACCUGUGUGGCUUACAACCAACUAGGGAACACCAAUGCCAGCAUCAUUCUGUACGAAGAUACUACUGCACUCCAGACACCUUGGAAAGGCCCUGGAGCAGUGCAUGAUGGGAACAAUGGCGGAUCAAGAAGAGCUGGCUGUAUCUGGCUGCUUCCCUUCCUUCUGUUGCAACUGCUGCCCAAGUUUUGACCCUAUCAACCAUAGUGUUAAGAAAAAGAAGAAAAGAAUAUUACAAUUUUUAAAAAAUAAUCAUAAUAGUAAGAGUAUAUUAUGAGGAAAUCUUGGGGAGAAAGAAAGGGAGUCUGAAAAACAAGAAGAGUUCAAAUUGUCCCACUGAUGUUUCAACACAACUGAGUGUUUCGUUUUCUUUCUUUCAAUUCCCCCCUUCAUUUUUCCCCCCUUGCCGUGGACAAGUAUGCAGCUGUUGCGGACCAACUAGCGCAUUUGGCUGAGUGACCAUAGAUCCCCAUUUGCUACCCUAACAAACCAGCUGACUCAGUUUUUGUUCGUUUUCUCUGAAUCUGUUCACCUUUCCUGUGCGGAGGAUUAUGGCGUCAGCUGCCUAUGUGCAGAACACCUCACAGCUCCCCCCCCCCGGUUCCCCUUCUCUUCAUGGAUUGCGCUGUCUGUUUGUUUGCAAACUACGAAGAAAUAACUAUAGGACCACAACUGCUCCAACAAAACAACCAUAAGCAACUGCAAGGAAAAGGGGGGAAAUGACAACAACCCCGCAUCAUGAUUGUUAAGACAUUGAUUCAUUGUACUACAUGGAUAUCAUGGAUAAUAAGGGAUUCUGAUUCAUUAUUAAUUUUAUUAAUUAUAUUUUCUGAUAUGAGCCUAGAACUGUUAGUUCAUAAAAAAAUACAAAAAAGAAAAAAAAUGGGGAAAAAUGAGUGAAGUAUAUUAAGUAUUAAGAACGAAUUGAAAAAAUGGGAUUCUCCACUAGGUUUACAGGAGGUGGGAAGUCAAUGUCUCCGGUUGUUUAUGUGAUCAGUCUGGAUAUGAGUUGACCAGACCAGCAGAAAGAGAGAGAGAGAAAAGAUGAACAAGCAAUGCCUCCACCAGCAUUAUCAAGUUUUCAUUCAUUCGACUCAAGAAGGUUUUUCACUGUCUUCAUUCUGUUUGGAAGUACAAAGGUUGAUGGUCACUGUAUGUUGACUUAGAUGGAUAUGCUUAUUCUUUUUAUGAGCUCUAUAUAUAUAUAGUAUAUAUAUAUAUAAAUAUACAUACAUACAUAUAUAUAUAUAAUUAUAAUUAUAAUUUUGUUAGCAUCUAGCACAUUAUUUCUCAGCCAGCUCCUUCUACCGACAUUACUGCAUGCUGUAUAUGAAGUUAGCUGUGUAUUGGUCUUCUCAGACACAAGGAUAGAGUUUUAUUGAUAACUGUGUAAUUAAUUCCUGCUUUUUCUUCUUUUUCUUUUCUUUUCUUGGCCUUCCCGUGGGUUAUUUACAUGUUGAAGACAUUUAUAAAAAAAAACAAAAAGAAAGAAAAGAAAGAAUGAAAAAAAAAAUUCUGCAGUCUCUUUCCAGAUUUGGAUUCAUAUGAAGGGGGAAACAGUGAUGUUUAAAAUCCAUACACUUCCUUCAUUUUCCCUGCUCUAUAUAGCUUCAGAUAGGAACACAACACACAAGAAAUAAAAGAAGUUUUAAUGAAUAAUGUGUCUUUUAAAAAAGACCACACACACACACACACACUGUGACUACUACAGAAAUCAGAUCAGAUCCGUUUUGUUCUCAUUGCCUUUUCAACAGAUGGAACUGGACAAUUGCACCUUGAUUAUGGAAGUUUUGGGAUAGCCCAGUAGAUGGAGACCUCCUUUGUCCUUGGUUUGUUUGGAGGUCAACACUGGAGGUUGUCUCUGACCUUACAUUAAAAAAAAAAGAUAUAUUCCAUGUUGCUCUUCAGACUGGCUGUGAUACCUCAUUAUUAAGCUGGUUGUGGAGGGGGAUAUGCAUAUAUAUAGCUAAUGCAGUAAGGCGACACAUCAAUAAAACACUGAACUCUGAUACAGGAGAGAUUUAGUUUGGGGGCCCAAUGUGAGAUGCCAGCACAGCAGGAGGGUGGAAGACCACCUGUACCAUCUUGUUGCUUUGACACAAUUAGCUGCUGCAUACUAUGUACAAAUCUUAGCAAUGGUUCGUAGUUGGGUACCUUUGCCCAAUGGCACUGAAUCUGGUGGUAGACAAAGAAUGCAUUUAAAAUGGAAUGCUGAUGAAAUGUGACAGGGUAUGGGGGGGGAACCAAACAUCUCUGAAUCUUGCUGGGCUGAACAAAAAUGAAUACGAUCAUCAGUUCUGGUUAGCGUUACUUCAAUACUUAACAGCAUUUGUGUGUGUGUUGUUUUGUGUUAAAGAUUCGUGUGUAAUGAAAUGUACCCACAAAAAUGAGAGGCAUACCAUAGGUGACAUGGCAUAUUUUAUUGAACUAACAAGUGAAACAUAGUUUCCUGAAUUCUUGACUCAUGUGGAUCCUUAACCCGGCUGUUCUGUUUCCAUCCCUGUCUAUGGCUUCCUUGCUUGCUCUGGAUGCAUCCUGGGAACCUUGUGCCUCCUGGCUUCUGCCUACCAUCUUUCAUUCUUACCCUCUGUUGUUCCAGCCUUCCUUCUGGCAUUCCUCUGUUGAUGGUAUUGAAUUUCUCUUCACCAAUGGCCUCAACAUGGAUCCUGAAUGUGCAAUGGCUACUCAGAUCCCAGUUAGCCAUUAGAGACUCUAGGCCAAUCUUCCCCAACCAAGUUCCCUCCAGGUGUUCUGAACUAUUCCCAUCAUCCCCAACCACCAUAGCCAACAGUCAAGGAUGAUGGAAGUUGUUAUCCAAAACAUAUGGAGAACAUCAUGCUAGGGAAGACAGCUGUACACCAUCUUUCUUUCUCUCUUUCCUCCCUCCCCCCUUUUGGAGUUCAGGGUUCUGAUGGAGAAAGUGAGCUUUUUAAGAUCACAGAGUUUUCCUUCAUACAAUAGGCCUGCAAGUCUGAAGGAUUACAAUCUCUUUUACCAGGAGAUCUUGGUCCAGGAAGAGGUGU